UUGAGAUCUGUUUGCGAUUGCUAUUUUCACAGUGGGAGGGGGGCAUGCGCACUGGAACUGAAAUGUGUUGGAUGCGUAAAAGCAGAUCAAACCUCGAACUGUACGAGUAGCAAGUGGGGUCUCGUAGGAGAUUGUGGCGUCCCACCCUGCAUCCAGAGAGACGGUAGCCCCACAUUCGAGGUCGUUGUCAUUCGCAGAGCAGUAAUGGAAGAUUCCAGCUGUGGACAUUCCUUGAAAGAGCAGUGUGUUGGGCAUCCUGGGAAGGAGAUGGACCAUUCUUUACACCCUGGGAAGGAGAUUGACAGUAUGGAGACCCAGACAACAGACAUGGGCCUGCAGCAGGAAACGUGUGAUGUGAACUUUCCCCAACCUGACAACGCAUCAACCUCACGGGUACAGGAAAGAGGCAAGAUGGGAAGGCAUGUGGUUGAAAACACCGGUGAGAAACCCUACAUGUGUGGGGAGUGUGGUUACAGAUCUGUUCAGAAGUCUGACUUAUCCCGACACAUGAGAACGCAUACAGGAGAAAAACCCUACAAGUGUGACCAGUGUGACUAUUCUGCUGCACAGAAAUCCACCUUGGACCAACAUGUAAGAAAGCACUCCGGUGAGAACCCCUACAUGUGUGGAGAAUGUGGGUACAGGGCUGGAAAAAAGUCUCACCUAUUCCGACAUAUGAGAACCCAUACAGGAGAAAAACCCUACAAAUGUGACCAGUGUGACUAUUCUGCUGCACAGAAAUGUGAUUUGGACAAACAUAUAGCGAAACACAGUGGCGAGAAACCGUACAUGUGUGGUGAAUGCGGAUAUAGGACAGUUGAAAGGUCUACCUUGUCCCGACAUAUGAGAAUCCAUUCAGGAGAAAAACCCUACAAGUGUGACCAGUGUGACUAUUCUGCAACAGAGAAAUCCAGUUUGGUCAAACAUAUUAGAAAACACACUGGUGAGAAACCCUACAUGUGUGGGGAAUGUGGGUUCAGGACAGCUAUGAAGUGUAACUUAUCAGUACAUAUAAGAUCCCACACAGGAGAAAAGCCCUACAAGUGUGACCAGUGUGAAUAUUCUGCUGCACAUAAAUCAACUUUGGACCAACACCUAGAAAAACACACCGGUCAGAAACCCUUUAUGUGUGGGGAGUGUGGGUACAGAGCAGCUCAAUGGCAACACUUAUACCGUCAUAUGAGAACCCACACUGGAGAAAAACCCUACAAGUGUGAGCAGUGCGACUAUUCUGCUGCACAGAAAGGCCAUUUGGACCGACACCUAAUGAAACACACCGGUGAGAAGCCUUUCAUGUGUGACGAGUGUGGGUACAGGACAGCUCGCAAGUCUACCUUAAUCCGACACAUGAGAAGCCAUUCAGGUGAAAAACCUCACAAGUGUGACCAGUGUGAUUUUUCCGCAGCACAGAAACAUCAUUUGAUCAACCAUCAAACUAGACAUUCCAGUGAGUAACCCUACAUGUGCGGGGCCGGGGAGUGCGGGUUCAGGGCAGCUCAAAGAUCUAACUUGUCCCGACAUAUGAGAUCCCACACAGGAGAAAAACCCUUGUGACUAUACUGCUGCAACGUACCAAACUCUCAUUUGACCGACAUUUGAGAAAGCACACAGGUGAAAAGUCGUAGAUGUGCGGAGUGCGUUCAUACAGGGCAAAUGUCUAAAUAGCCAACAAGAAGAGAACUCAAAGAGGAGAAAAAAACAUUAUUAUUACCCGUUAAACUACUCUGUGCCUCAGAAAUGGCACCUUUAUCUACAAUUCAAAUGUUCGAAACAAACUAGAUUUACAAAGGUGACAAAUACAGCGUGCAGUUUUUGAGGCAAAAGCAAA